AUGGUCCUGGCGAUGAUGUCCAGCCUUGAUUCGGUCUUCAACUGCUUGUCCACGAUCUUUACAUACGACAUCUACCAACGCUUCUUGAACCCCAGUGCCUCGCAGAGGCGCCAGAUCUGGGUUGGACGGCUCGUGACCUUCGGCGCUGCCUGCUGCGGUUUUGCCUGGCUACCUAUGAUCGCCUCCAGUGCUGAUGGUUUAUAUCUUACUACGCAGAGCGCGCAGACUCACAUGGCUCCCACACUCGUGGCGGUCUUCCUCGUGGGCUUGUUUUGGCCACGUGCCAAUGGUGCAGGAGCUUUGGCUGGCAUGACUGUGGGCUUCACAGCGGGCAUUGCGCGCUUCACAGCCACAAAGUUAGUGCUUUGCAAGCCAGAGGAUGUGUGGAGCAUCGCUUGCAUGAAUUUCAACCACAUGGGCUUGAUCUUGUUGGUGCUCACAGGCUUCACCACUGUGGCCGUGAGCUUGGUGACCAAGGCGCCAGAGGCCAAAUGCUUGGAGCCUCGGAUCGCCAGAGCCUCGUGGGUCAGCAGGUGCAUGACCUUUUACCGUGGCUGA